AUGUCAUUCGAGACUGAACCACUCCUCGGCCUGCGCUACCAACGCCUCGAGUCCGAAACCGACUUGCUUGAGCGGCGCGAGUCGUCAGCCUCCAACACUUCCACUCGUACUUGGGGAUGGCGCGACGACGACCCGGCCCCCACUCCUGCUCCUGAACCUGUCCAUGAAGCGGUUGGGAUGACGACAGCAACCAAGAAACCCAAGGGCUUUGCAGCCCUCAUUAAGCGGUUCAACGAUAUUGGACGCGAUCGUAGGCGCUACGAGAAGGAGUGGAACCGGCCACCCAUCUGGGGCACAGCGUACGGAUACUGCUGA